AUGGGCAACUUUGUCUCUAGCGAGUUUGACAACUUUUCUUCUUCUGGUUCGUUAGGCAGUUCAGCCACCUACAGCAGUACUCAAUUCCAACGAAGAAGCGGUUCCGCCACCUACAACAGAACUCCAUUACAACGGAGAGGCUCCGCCACCUUACGCAGAUCUCUUAUUUCGACGCAAUUUCCACAGACAGUUAGUUCCGCCACCAACAGCAGCAGUAACAACCAAAAUAAAACUAAAGAAUGCGCAGUUUGUUGUGAAGAUAUAGUCGCAUCAGAUUUUUUGCAAAUAACUAGUGGUUGCAAACAUCCUGUUACUGUGUGUCGUGGUUGUGUUAAUAGACAUGUCGAGUCCCAUUUAACCAAUAAAGGCAGUGUCAUAAUAACUUGUCCGACUUUGGGAUGUACUCAGCAACUCGAACAUCAUGAUGUGAAAAGAUUAACGGAGUCGGAGGUUUUUAAAAGAUAUGACACGUUUUCUCUUCGUGAGGCGUUGCGUGCAAUGCCGGAAUUUCGAUGGUGUAAGAAUGCUAGAUGUGGAUCGGGUCAAAUUCAUUACCAACAAG